CCCGGAUCUGGCAGCAGAGCAGUUUUCUGUACUUGGGUUCUGUUCUUCCUCCCAUUUCUUCGUCUUCUUCAAGUCGAUUUGGCCUGACUCUGAAAAUUCGGGAUCCCACACUCGAAGAUGAGCGGGCACGACUCCAAGUACUUUUCCACCACCAAAAAGGGUGAAAUUCCCGAGCUCAAAGAGGAGCUUAAUUCCCAGUACAAGGAUAAGAGAAAAGAUGCUGUUAAAAAGGUCAUUGCUGCAAUGACUGUUGGGAAGGAUGUCUCAUCACUGUUCACAGAUGUGGUAAACUGCAUGCAGACUGAAAAUUUAGAACUGAAAAAGCUGGUUUACUUGUAUCUAAUUAAUUACGCCAAAAGCCAGCCUGAUCUAGCAAUUCUUGCCGUGAACACAUUUGUGAAAGAUUCACAAGAUCCAAAUCCUCUAAUUCGUGCUUUGGCUGUAAGGACAAUGGGAUGCAUUCGUGUGGAUAAAAUUACGGAAUAUUUGUGUGAUCCUCUACAGAGAUGUCUUAAGGAUGAUGACCCUUAUGUCCGCAAGACAGCUGCCAUCUGUGUUGCCAAACUUUAUGAUAUAAAUGCUGAGUUAGUUGAGGACAGAGGUUUUUUGGACUCUCUUAAAGACUUAAUAUCUGACAAUAAUCCAAUGGUUGUUGCAAAUGCUGUGGCAUCUCUCGCGGAGAUACAGGAGAAUAAUAGCAGACCUAUCUUUGAGAUUACAACUCACACGCUGUCAAAACUUCUCACGGCUUUGAAUGAAUGUACAGAGUGGGGUCAAGUUUUCAUACUGGAUGCACUUUCUAGAUAUAAAGCAGAGGAUGCUCGUGAAGCAGAAAAUAUAGUGGAGAGAGUUACUCCCCGGCUACAACAUGCUAAUUGUGCAGUUGUUCUAUCAGCUGUGAAGAUGAUUCUCCAACAAAUGGAACUUAUCAGCAGCACUGAUGUAGUUCGAAAUCUUUGCAAAAAGAUGGCUCCUCCCCUUGUAACUUUGCUCUCAGCAGAACCUGAGAUACAAUAUGUUGCAUUGCGAAAUAUUAACCUUAUAGUACAGAAACGACCUACUAUUCUUGCACAUGAAAUUAAGGUUUUCUUCUGCAAGUACAAUGAUCCGAUCUACGUAAAGAUGGAGAAGUUAGAGAUCAUGAUUAAGCUUGCAUCUGACCGGAACAUAGACCAGGUUCUUCUGGAGUUCAAAGAGUAUGCCACUGAAGUAGAUGUAGAUUUCGUAAGAAAAGCUGUCCGUGCCAUUGGUAGGUGUGCAAUCAAGCUAGAGAGAGCAGCUGAACGAUGCAUAAGUGUGUUGCUUGAGCUGAUCAAAAUUAAAGUGAACUACGUGGUUCAAGAGGCUAUUAUAGUCAUCAAAGAUAUUUUUAGAAGAUAUCCUAACACUUAUGAGUCCAUCAUUGCUACGCUUUGUGAAAGCUUAGACACAUUGGAUGAGCCAGAAGCCAAGGCAUCAAUGAUCUGGAUUAUUGGAGAAUAUGCAGAGAGAAUUGACAAUGCAGAUGAACUCCUUGAAAGCUUCUUGGAGACUUUCCCUGAGGAACCUGCACAAGUGCAGCUACAAUUGCUGACUGCAACUGUCAAACUUUUUCUUAAGAAACCGACUGAGGGACCACAGCAGAUGAUUCAGGCUGUUUUGAACAAUGCUACUGUGGAGACAGACAAUCCUGAUUUGCGGGAUCGUGCAUAUAUCUAUUGGCGUCUCUUAUCAACUGAUCCAGAGGCAGCCAAGGAUGUGGUUCUUGCUGAGAAGCCUGUGAUUGGCGAUGACUCAAAUCUGCUUGAUUCCUCACUUCUAGAUGAGCUCCUUGCCAAUAUUGCCACUUUGUCCUCUGUAUAUCACAAGCCCCCGGAAGCAUUCGUGACCCGUGCAAAGCCAGCAGCACAGAGAACUGAUGAUGAAGAUUAUCCUGAAGGAAGUGAUGCAGGGUAUUCAGAAUCUCCUGCCCAGUCUGCUGCUGCUGGUGGUGCAUCGCCUCCAACUUCUUCAGAUGCAUCUUAUUCAGUAUCAAAGAAACCAGCCUCUGGCCCAGCUUCCCCUCCACCUCCAGCUUCAGUUCCAGAUUUACUUGGUGACCUGAUUGGACUUGAUAAUAGUGCUAUUGUCCCUGUUGAUCAGCCCGCUGCUCCUGCUGGCCCUCCAUUGCCUAUUCUGCUACCAGCAUCAGCUGGUCAAGGUUUACAAAUCAGUGCACAGCUCACACGACAGGAUGGUCAAACAUUUUACAGUUUAUUGUUCGAGAACCAUACACAGAUUACACUAGAUGGGUUCAUGAUCCAGUUUAACAAGAAUACUUUUGGUCUCGCAGCUGCAGGACCGUUACAGGUUCCACCGUUGCAACCUGGGUCAAUUGCAAAUACUCUCCUGCCAAUGGUUGUAUUCCAAAAUAUGUCUCAAGGUCCCCCAAGCUCACUUUUGCAGGUAGCUGUAAAGAACAAUCAGCAGCCAGUGUGGUACUUCAAUGAUAAGAUCUCAAUGCACGUUUUCUUCACUGAGGAUGGGAGGAUGGAACGUGCAAACUUUCUUGAGACUUGGAGGUCCCUUCCAGAUUCAAAUGAAGUUUCUAAAGACUUCCCUGCCAUUGUUCUAAACAACAUCGAAUCGGUUUUAGACCGACUUGCUGCUACAAAUAUGUUCUUCAUCGCUAAAAGGAAGCAUGCGAAUCAGGACGUUUUCUACUUCUCUACUAAAAUUCCCAGAGGAAUCCCUUUCUUGGUUGAACUCACUACGGUCGUGGGAAGCCCUGGACUGAAAUGCGCCAUCAAGACUCCAAACACUGACAUGGCACCCCUCUUUUUCGAAGCCUUGGAGACUCUUCUCAAGGAAUGAUUUAAAUUUUGUGUUCUUCUUGUUCUUUUUCCACCCCUUGAUUUUUUGUUAGUAUUUGUAAAUCCAAGCUGGGUAUUUGUGGCAGGCCCCUCCCCCCUUUUCCCUCUUGAACCUAGAUUGAAUUCUAGCUUUGCCUAGACUGUUGAUUUUUCUUUUCUCCCCGGAUUCAAGAGUCUGUUUCUACAAGAAAUUUGUUUGUAACUUCAAACUUUUCCAAAAGGUUAUUGUUGCUGCAAAUAUUGGAAGUUGGAGAAAUAGUUUAUAGACAAUAUGUAGUCCAAAUUGGAGAAUGAGAUAGAUGUUACUUGUGA